AUGAAGUCCUUCUCUCCUGUUGCGCUGGCACUGUUCGCCGUUGUUGGCAUGGUGACCGCGGCCGAUAUGAGCACCUCGGACUGCGCUAACAUGUGCAUCUCAAACAUGAAUGCCAAGGCGUCCGAACUGGGCUGCUCGUCCGGCGAUAUGACCUGCCUGUGCAAGAGCCAGGACUACGAGUGGGGUGUUCGUGACUGCACCGACCAGGCCUGCCCUGGCUCCAGCCCGCAAGAGGCUGUCCAGAUGGCUCUAUCCAAAUGCCCUGGCGGUUCCGGCUCAGGAUCAGGAUCUGGAUCGGUAUCUAGCUCUGGCGCUGCUGGUGGUGCGACGACCAGCAUCAUGACCGGUACCACCACGUUGACUGGCGCCAAUGGCCAGCCCACGGCCACUUUGACCAACACUGAGACCGAGACCAAGACCGGCAAUGAGCACCUGGGCUCUAGCUCGACAUCCACUGGUGCUGCUAUGCCCAUGGCCACCGUCGGCAGCGGUGCCGCAGUCCUGGGUCUGGCCGCGAUGCUGGUGCUGUAA